ACGUCCACCACCACCACCACCACCACCACCAGCACCACCACAGCAAGGAAGAAGAAAACUGUAACUUGCAUUCUAACUUAUCCUAACUUCAAUCUUUUCCCAGCUCAAACUUGACCUUAACUUAAUCCAAUCUGACCUUACUGACUGACCUACAUUAACUGAUCCUAACUCUACCUCUACCUGCAAUUAACUUCCUUUUCUCGUAACUAAAAAGUGUGUAAACCUAACCUAACCUAACCUAACCUAACCUAACCUAACCUAACCUAACCUAACCUAACCUAACCUAACCUAACCUAACCUAACCUAACCUAACCUAACCUAACCUAACCUAACCUAACCUAACCUAACCUAACCUAACCUAACCUAACCUAACCUUCCUAAAAUGUUCCUAUCAAUCUUUCUUCCUAUAGUCCUUGCAGCCAUCCUUCCCCCUCCUUCCUCCUUCUGCCUCCUUCUGCCCCCCGAAGGACCUCACUAUCCGAGCAAUGACCUUCCUAGCUUCCAAUACCUUCCACACAACACUCUCGCGUCCUUCCAACACCAGCCACUCCUACAGGAUGCCCAGGAAGCGAGAGAUCCUUAUAUUCCUAAACCUUCCUCCUCUUCUUCCUCCUCCUCCUCCUCCUCCUCCUGCACUGUGGAUGACUUGGCGAGGUAUCUAAAUGAGGAUGACUUUGACUAUCUUCUGGUUGUCUUGGCGAAGGUGGAGAGAGUGAGCGUCAGGGAGGUCCUAAUGACACUGGCUCAAAAACAUGGCUUGAUUUUAAAGGAGAAGGAACACCCAAUUAAGAAACCCGUGAGAGAAUUACAGACCAUCGGCGCACAAGAAGAGGAAGAAGAAGACCCACAAGAUUUGCAGAGUCUCCAAUUUCACUCCUCGCCUUCCUCCUCCUCCUCCUCCUCCUCCUCCUCCUCCUCCUUCCUCCACCAUGAGCGCCACCCUCCUCCUCCUCCUCCUCCUCCUCCUGCCCUCCAAUCCUCCCUCUGGGGUCAGGAAGAGGAAAUGUACCAGCCAGUUGCCAAUGAGGUAAGAGAAAGAAAACGGGAUGCAGGUCCCAGCAGACAGCCAGCCCCAGAGCCACCCCCGCGAGCUCUCCUGAUAGUCCUGGGAGGCGACGGGCGGGAGGCAGCGAGGUCUCAAGUCACACUGGGGCCCCGCAUGGCUCUGCUCGAUGUGUUAAACCAAGCUGCUGUCUCCUUCUCGCUUCAAUAUGGACCUUACUCUCCUAAUCCUCUCGCUGUGAAGGGUGAUUCGACCUAUCCUUCCAACAACUGCCUAGGCCUAUUGUCAGUAGGCUCAAUUCUGGCCACAACUGAGAGGCCCCUACACAUGUCAGUCAUCCGGACACGCCCCUCAGAACAGAAGGUUUGGGAGAGUGUUUGCCUCCCACGCGCCACGGAGGUCAUCGUACAUCGCGGGGACAUUAUCGUACUCGCUCCUCGCUGACUGAUUGGUUGACAGGACCGCCCAGCCACGCCCACCUCCUCUACCCCGCUGCCUGACGCAAGAUAACCCUAGAAAUUUAAGAGAGUAUCGUACGAGGUUGGAAAUUCUCGUACAUCGGUCAAAUUUAGUGUUUUUUUUGAGGUUUGUUUAUAGAAUUUCGUGAAUAUGAGGGGGAAAAUGGAGUAAAAAAAUGGAGUAAUGAUAAUAUGCAAGAUGUGGAAGGACAGAAAGGGUUAAAUUAAUGUUAAAUUGAUGUAAUGUCCGUGUUUCGUGAAUAAAGACUAAUAUUAUGAA